UGACAAGGUGGAAGGGCAGAGCCGGAAGAGGGAUCGGAGUUGGCAGGCGAGCUGCGCCAGAGGCAGGUGCCAGCGGAGAGUGGGCGGAGGUGCGGGCGCCCGGCCCGGCGGGGAAGGCCCGGCGUCACCCCCGCCUCUAGGAGUCGGGCUCGCAGACCAGCUCGCCCGGAGAAGCCGGGGGCACGGGCGUCCCCGCCGCCCGCAGGACGAGCCGCGGGAACGGUCGCCGCAGCCGCGGAGCGACAGCAUCCUCAGGAGAGACGCCCCAGGCUCCGCAGCCGCCUUCCUCCUCCGGGAGGCGAGCGCCACCGCCUGCUCCCUGCACUCCGGCCGCCCGCGGAGGGCAGCCAACACCCGCGCCCCCAUCCUCCACCUGCCGCGGGCUCCCGGGCGGCCGGACGCGGGGGAGAGAAGGUGCGAGAAACAGGGGCCCGGGGGACACCGUCCUCGGUGGCCACUUGGCGCGGAGAAGGGACACCCGCCCACACCGCGAGCCCCCGGGAGCUCUGCACCCGGUACCCAAGUUCAAGGGCGACACCUCUCGGAGGGGGGCUUUCCCGCGCGGUGGGCGUUUCGGCCCCGCUGACCCCCGCCAGCCCGCGGGACUCCUGCGCCGCCCGGGUCCUCAGAGACGCCCGCGCGCCCCGGCGGGGCCAUGCCCGGGCUGCGCCGGGACCGCCUGCUGACCCUGCUGCUGCUGGGCGCGCUGCUCUCCGCCGACCUCUACUUCCACCUCUGGCCCCAGGUGCAGCGCCAGCUGCGGCCCCGGGAGCGCCCGCCGGGCUGCCCGUGCGCCGGCCGCGCCGCCUCCCCGGGCCCGGCCCCCGCCGCGGCCCCCUCGGCCCCGCACCCGGCCGCGCACAACUUUUCCCGGGCCCGGCCCCGGGCUGAGCAGGACGCCGGCGGCCGCCGCCGCGGCCCGGGCUCCAAGCUGCGGGCCCUCUUCGCCCACCCGCUGUACAACGUCCCGGAGGAGCCGCCGCUCCUCGGGCCCGAAGACUCACUGCUGGCCAGCCAGGAGGCGCUGCGGUAUUACCGGAGGAAGGUGGCCCGCUGGAACAGGCGACACAAGAUGUACAAGGAGCAGCGGAACCUCACUUCCCUGGACCCCCCACUGCAGCUCCGACCGGAGGCCAGCUGGGUCCAGUUCCACCUGGGGAUCGACCGCCAAGGGCUGUACUCGCGGUCCAGUCCCAUCGUCAGCAAACUCCUCCACGACAUGAGGCACUUCCCCACCAUCAGUGCUGAUUACAGUCAGGACGAGAAAGCCUUGCUUGGAGCCUGCGACUGCACCCAGAUCGUGAAACCCAGUGGGGUCCACCUCAAGCUGGUUCUGAGGUUCUCGGACUUCGGGAAGGCCAUGUUCAAACCUAUGAGACAGCAGCGAGAUGAAGAGACACCCGAGGACUUUUUCUACUUCAUCGACUUCCAGAGACACAACGCCGAGAUUGCCGCGUUCCAUCUCGACAGGAUUUUGGACUUCCGAAGGGUGCCACCAACAGUGGGGAGGCUAGUCAACGUCACCAAGGAAAUCCUGGAGGUCACCAAGAAUGAAAUCCUGCAGAGUGUUUUCUUUGUCUCUCCAGCCAGCAACGUGUGCUUCUUUGCCAAGUGCCCAUACAUGUGCAAGACGGAAUACGCCGUCUGCGGCAACCCACACCUUCUGGAGGGCUCCCUCUCCGCCUUCCUGCCGUCCCUCAACCUGGCCCCCCGGCUAUCUGUGCCCAACCCCUGGAUCCGCUCCUACUCGCUGGCAGGAAAAGAGGAGUGGGAGGUCAAUCCACUUUACUGUGACACCGUGAAGCAGAUCUACCCGCACAACAGCAGCAACCGGCUGCUCAACAUCAUCGACAUGGCCAUCUUCGACUUCCUGACAGGAAAUAUGGACCGGCACCAUUACGAGAUGUUCACCAAAUUUGGGGAUGACGGCUUCCUUAUUCAUCUUGACAAUGCCAGAGGGUUCGGACGACACUCCCACGAUGAAAUCUCCAUCCUCUCGCCGCUCUCCCAGUGCUGCCGAAUAAAAAGGAAAACACUUCUGCACCUGCAGCUGCUGGCCCAGGCCGACUACAGACUCAGUGACGUGAUGCGGGAGUCGCUGCUAGAAGACCAGCUCACCCCGGUCCUCACAGAGCCCCACCUCCUUGCCCUGGAUCGGAGACUCCAGACCAUCCUGCAGACAGUGGAGGGCUGCAUAGAGGCCCACGGGGAGCAGAGCGUCGUAGCCAACGGCCCAGCAGAACAGUCAGCCCUGGACUCCGGCCAGGCUCACUUGACAAGCUAAGGGCUGGACGGGUCAACUUUCAGGAACAGCACCUGGAGCCCGCGGUGGACUUGAGUGCGGACCUACUUCCUCACAGCCCCCAUCCACGCUGCGGGUCCUGGGGCGGGAGCGCGUGAAACAGGUGCGGCCCCGGGAUGAUUCUAAAAGAGCAAAGGAAGUGGGAUCCACUAAACUUUCUUCCUCGGUGCACGGCCUUGGCUCCCUCUUGCCCAGGAAGCUCUGCUCAUCAAGGCCACAGACCAUCCCUGAGCCCACUGGGAAGUCUGGAUACGGAGCAGGCUUGGAAGCCUGGUUCCCAGAAGCGAGUAUUAACUGUAACGAAUAAAAUUAAAGGACAUCAAAUGGACACCUAGCUGACCCCUCCAGAUCUUUAUUAUAGCUACAAGGAUAAUUCCCGAGCCAGAUAAAAUACCUGACAUCUCACAAGCAGACAAACAAAAAAUCCAGAAAAUGGUAACUCUCAAACUGGUUCAAAGUAGACUUCACACUUUGUAUUCAUAUUCCAAUCACUGUGGCCCAAUCUGAUUACAAUUAUCCCUAUUGACUGGUCCCCUAAGGUAAUUUUUCAGAAACAUUACAAGAGGCAAAAAUCACAUAGGGAUCUGCUCAGAAUAUCAUACAAGGGAUGUUUCAAUCUGAAAAGUAAACGUCAACAAGUAAUAUCAAAGUAUGUCAAAAUUAGCAUCCAGUAACAACACAAGGGCAAACAAGGGCGGGCUUGGCGGUGGAACAGUGAAAGAAUGGGUCCAGCAGGUACGCGAGCCUGGACCAAGGCAGGAGAAAUGCCAGGGCUGGCUACGGGCCACCAACCAGGAUCCUCCUCCCCAUACGAUCCAGGAAUUGCCCCCCACCUGUCCCCAAGAGAAGCUGGGGCCACCUGGAGAAGUCUGACACCCUUAAUGCCCCUCCCCUCAGCUGCUUACUCAGAAAGGACGAAGUCAAGUUUAAUUUCCAAGCCUCCCUCAAACGUGGGUAUUAUCAGGGAUUUCCUGUCUCUUCCACCUUCUCCCUGCUGACCUGCUGAUGUUUGAACAGGGGGCUUUGUUUCUUACUCCGUAACUGGUGUCUGAAGACACACAUGACAGGAAUGCAUUCUCAUUAAUCAAUCAACAAGUAAAAAUAGCUGAUUUCAUCAGAUCAACCUUUCUAGUAAAGUCCAGAGGCUCAAAUACUGGAAGUAUGAGUGGGGCUGGAAGAAGCUGUCAUUGAAGUGGGUACCAGGUCAAGAACUAGAGACGCCAUCCACGACUUCUGCAAUGUGCCCACAGACAGCCCAAUGGGGUAAGUUAUGAAAGUCCUUCUGACCCACCCCGGCACCCCCAUUACUCAUCCACUGCCCCGAACUUGCGUCUCCACGGAAGUAGCGUCACUACCACUUACGGAGUUCCUCCCACGUGCGAAAAACACAGGUUUCCAGUCCUCCCGGACAGACAGACAGAAUCCCCUACACCUCCAUCGUACCUCCAAGAAAACGAAAUCUCAGAAAGAUUAACGAAAAUCACAGAACUUGAUGAUUCAAAACUAUUCCAAAGCAUUCUUUCCACUGGAACACAGAAAUCCAACAGUCUCUCACCCAGUUUAUGAAGUUGUAUCUGCUUGUGUGAAAACAAAGAUCAGCUCUUCAAUAGAGGAACCUUAAUCCCAGAGACCUGCGUUACUGAGCUGACCCUACAGCAGCUCAGGGCUUCCCACUUCAGGAACUGCUUCUCUCACUCCACGCCAGUAUUUCCUUUUGGAGGGGGGACCAGGUAAUUACACACAGAGGAAUGAGAGAAGAACAUUCAGGCCGAGGCAUUCAAAGAACAGCACAAAAUGGUCCGAAAUUCCUAACUGCAGAGCCUCAGGAAGGUAAGUCAAGGUCCCCCUCAAACCCAGGCUCUUCUGUGACAAUGGCUUCAUUUUCAAAUGGCCCAUCAUAAAAAUGCUGGCGCACUUUACAAACUGAGAGUAACAGAACUGAAUAUGACCACAGUAUGUUGAGUACCGGAUACCUAAUUAUUCACUUACCUUAAACAUGCCAUUAUUUUUUCACUGAUACCAAAGUUAAGACUCUCUCCUUCGACAAAAGUACCAGAAAGCAAAAGACUCCAGCCUUAGAACGAUCAAGUUCCUCCAAUAUGUUCAUUUUGGACUACUGUUCACCUCUUCGCAACAUAAAAACUCUCCUGUUCCUAGGUAGAAACUUUUCAUGCUUCCCUGUCACUACUACUAACGGCAAACUAAAAAAUCAAAGGGAAGUGGACAGAACAGGAACUGGUGGAGAAACGGGUUUGGGGGAAUUCAUUUAGCCUUCCCCAAAGUCAGGAGGACAACUUGACUCUGAAGACUAAAAAGUAGUUGACUCUCUUACUUGUGGAAGUUUUAUGGUCGGUAAAUUCACCACGGACACUCAAUUAACCAAGACAACCAUUUGCCGUGAGACAGGGUUUAGGUUCCUGUGAGCUUCUGGUUACAUUUUUGUCAAGCAGUCAAUACACAACCUUGUUUUAUGUGUUACGGCCUGUUAAAGACACCUUAGUUAAUAUAUAUUGUUGCUUCAUCAACAUGGAACUCGUGGUCAACAGCACUGUAACUCAUGUCUGAAAGAAGCUAUCAAAACAUUUCCCUAAAGACACAUCACAGCCUUCUCACCCUCAGGAACUCUAGCCAGGACUUCAGCACUACACUUGGCGGCCACAGAAGGUACAGAAGUGCAAAGAAGUGGUACUGCAUAAACCCGAAAAGGGCCAUCUGAUCCCAGCACGAGCUAAAACUAGAAGGCAGAGCGUGCCCUUGUCCGACCUCAGCUGCACACAUGAGUGUCGGGAGACUAAACUCUUCAUCACUCCGCUCCAGUCCGGGAAUGACUGUGAAAGUGCUGUGGCUGUUGAUUUUAGGGUUACAAAUUUUAACAAACAGGCAAAUUCGCAACACUGACAAAUGCAAGAUCCAUGAAUAAUGUGGAUCAACUGUAAUUCAUCUUGAAGAUCAACAAAGAUGACUAAAAAAAAAUGUUCUCCAUCUAGUGGUGACUUUGAAAACCACAAAGCUACUUAAGCUAAAUUAAUUGGCAGAACUUUCAGCAAAAUGAAAAAAUUAUCCUCAUCAGUGGUUUCGGUUUUAGGUAAGGGUCAGGAAGAAGUCACAGCUCGGAUCAUAUGUCAACACACAAAUUUUAACUUUGUAUGUACACAGCAAUACCGAUUUCUCUGUGAAAGCUCCAUAGGGUAAGAAGGGAGAGAUUGAAGAUUCUCCCUCUUCUACUUUUCUCUCUACAGUCUCUACUGGUAGCUAUUAGGAUGGCUACUUGGGGGCCACGUUAAACGGUGAUCUAGGCAUUACUUCUCAAUGUUGCUUUAUUAGCUCAUCUAGGAAUACACUGCCAGAAAAUACAGAAAUACAAAAAGGGUUCAGCCAUUACUUUGUGGCUGGAGGUAAAGCGGUAUUAAGAAAACUAACAUUAUACUACUUCAAUUUUAAAAUGCCAAUACUUAAGUCAUUAAAAAACAAAAAGUGAUUUCAUAUGAGCCAGUGUUUUAGAGGGAAAAUUAAACAACCAGUACAGUCAACCCAGGAAAAAUUUUAGUUAUAUUCUGUUGUGACUCAAAAUGUUCCAACUCCAGUGGCUUGAGGGAGGGGAUUACUGAAUCUGGACAAAGUGCAUGUGUUAUAAAGCGGUAGAAUUAUCUCCAACUUCACUGGAUGUAAAGAAAUUAAUUGCAAUAUACUAAUGAAUACAACGUAAUCAUCCCAUGCCUCAGAAAUCUGAAGAAUAACUGUAUCAGAAAUGACUUUAUAUGUGCAAAAUAUAGAAGCAUACCUAAAUAUCUGAAUGCAUAUGUUAAACCUGAACCAAAAACUAUGCUGAUCUAGAAACGGUAUUUCCCCGUUAAGGCUGGGAAAGAUUCAAGGCCAGAGAACCAGUCUGUCUUCAAUAAAAAGGAAAUCUUUGGCUCUUGAUUUAAUCUUUUCCUUCCAUUACUCAGGAAACAGGUCUGCUACAUCUCAAUUACCCUUUAAGUAAGGCUUUUAGAUUCAUUCUUUGACAAACUGGAUUGGAAACACUGAAAAUAAACAUUACUCUUUCAAAACCCUGACCCACUAAAUUCACUUUCCUGGCCCACCAGAUUGGAGUUUCUGGGGAAGGGGGAGGGAGAAAAGAAGGGAAGGAGAAAGGGAAGAAAAACUGAUUCAUUAAAGAAUUAAAUUAUUUAAUCUUUUUUUAUUACUUGACCUACGGUUAAGACAAUCUAUAACAAAAAGAAGAGAGUAUAUUAGCACACACAGUAUAAUCCGACUAGUAACCAGGAAACAGUACAAAAUGGUCCUUUGGCCAUCUAUGCUCCCUACAGCAGUAUCUCAUAAAUUCACUUACCAAGCCCAGAAAUGGCUGCUAAAGCCCUGAAUAUCAACUGAGACCCAUUAUGCCAAUGGUGAUUUGCCACAUACACUCAGAUUGCACAAAGAUAAAGCUUUAAAUGUGAUCAUUUUUAAAUUUUGACUUAAAUUCUCACAGAUUAAAAACUACAAAAGGGAGUAAACAGCAAGCCAAUGAUUUAAGAGCAAAACUCAUGUAGAAGCAUCGUAUGUAUCUAUACAUGAACAUGAUUCUAUACAUACAUGAAACUGCAAAUUUACAGUAUUCUAAAUUCAGUUGAGUACAAUUUUGGCAUUUUAACAAAGAUCAAAUCAAGCUUUAAGCUAAUAAGCACAUUAAUUUUUAUUUUUUAUAUUUUAAAUAUAAAAAAGUGGCUAAACAAGAAACAGAUCAGAAAAUCCUCAUUUAAUAUAUUGAAAAAUAAAAAAUUUGUAGUUAAGGUGGCUUUCUAUCCCACACUAGAAUGUAAAUAAAACCUCUUUCCCAGAUUAUACUCCUAACUUAGUAACAACCUAAAAACCGUUCAAAUCUAUGAAAAAAAAAUCUACCAUGGCCAAUUUAAAUUACCUGGAGAUGGGGAAGGAGAGGGGAUUAAUAAUCAGAGCUAGUUGCACAGAUGGAAAAUGCUUGCAGUCACUCCCAAUAUAACCCUACAUAUUAUAUAAAUCACAAUGUAAAUGAAAGUGCCUACAUUACGGAACUGUGAAAUUUUGUUUAAAAAAUAACAAUAAUAAAAAUAAACAGUUGGGUUUAUUGGUGCACAUGGAAUAAUGUAACAACACGUUAAGAUUGAUAAGCCUGGAAAAUACUGAAAUACAGUUAAGACUCAACACACAAGUUUACACAAAAAAGUUUGGUAGAGAAAUAAAAUGAAAAGCAGAACUUCUCAGCAGGAUUGCCUUUUAGACCAAUUUGAAACAGACACAUCCUACCCCACCUCUAAACCACCAUCAAUUCUAGUUGAUGUAAAAAGGAGGGAAGUUAAGCCAAAGUAAAACGCCUCUUUCCAAAUCUCAUGCCCAGUGAAUGUGAUGGGGCAAAGUUCCCAGCGUGGAACGCUGGCCACCUGGCACUUCUCCCCUUAGCAGAACCACCUCCGUUUUCCUGCUACAACAUUUGUUCCAUCUAGUCUAUCUCUUCCCAGCAAGUCCAACCUCCUGGGAUCAGUGUUUAAGGAGCACAAGAGAUUAUUAUCCUGGAAUCAACUGAAGGAUAUACAUUAACCAAAAUCUCUAAGUUAACAACCAAGAGUGCAGACCUCAAAUUCUUAACCUCCAUUCAGCAUUUGAUGGUCAGUAUUUGGCACUAGGUGGAUAAAUAAAGGUCUGAUCAGAAUUUGUGAGCUGAGGCAGACAUAAUUAAAUCAUAACCCAAUAUUUGCAGCCUAUGAUUUGGUUUCAAACUCAAAAGGCAGGUAUAGUCAGAGAAGUGGAGAGGAAACAUUAAUAACAAGAUAUAAACAAAACCACGUAAAUUAGCUUGACAAAUCAAAAUUGUUAAAAAGAAAAAAAAAAACGAGCAGAUCAGAUGAAUCUGAUCACUAGCAAAAAUGGGCAUUUCUCCACCCUUAAAACUAGUUUAAAUACAGGCAGAUGCCUUUCUACUGUACUAAGAUUCUUCUACUUCUGUUUUUCCUAAUCCUCAGAGCUUAAUGAGAAAUCAUUUAUUCUAUAAGAAAUACAGCAUAUAUGGCCACAGUCUAAAAUAUGCCUACGAUAACAGGAAAAUUACGUCACUUUAAAAAAAAUCUUGCACUGUUACAUCAUGACUAUGGUAAUUCAUUUGGUGCAGGGAUCUGCCCUCACCAGGAAGCAUGGCACGCGCUGCCAUGUGGAACACUAACACUGCACAAAGAGAAGCAGUAACAGCAAAGUCUCCAGAGAACUCUUUCUAUUUAUUUAACUGUGUACGAGCAUUCAGUUAGUGCUCCGAAAUAAAAACAGUGCAAUAAAAGCAACUUUUAAUAGAAACCGACAAGAAGCUGCGAUGCCAGCGGCCAUGUGGCGCUGCAGAGGGAACAGAAAGCAGUCUGCACGAGUGAAGCGUGGACUGGGGGGAGGCAAGGAGGGAGGCACAGGAGGCAGAUUUCAGACAGACAGUGACACAAAACUGUUGUACUGCUGGAUGUUUCGUUUGAGGAUAUCUGAGCACGGGCCAAGAACACGUUCAAAUCUAGGUCGGUCCAGCUUAACGCACUUCAAGGGGCCACGAGCCACCACGGUGGCCGCACGGGGACGAUUCAUCAGCAGUGCGAUUUCACC